UGUUAUCGUAGCCUAGCACCGCCGAUAAACUAGCUAGUUAGCCUGGUUGGUUGGUUCAUGAUGGAAGACGCCAGUAACGUUACUGCUGUGUGCUCUGGAGAGCAUCUCUUAUUAAGAUGGCUUCAGCGUUUCAUCUCUUUUCAAAGUCUGACCUGAAUCUGUAUACACACUCCGAACCAUGCUGGGCCAAGGAAGAGUCCAGGUGACAGAGUUGAUUCAUAAAUCCAACAUUUGGAAGAAUGUUUCUGUGCCUGCGAACAGCCUCCACAGCCUCUACGAUGCUGAAGAUCCAGAUCCAACAGCAAAGCCAGGAAAUUCCUGUUGGGGUAGAUGGCUCUCUUCUCGAUCAAUUUCUGCAAAGCCCGUUUGAGCGUGAGGUGAUGGUAGAUCAUGAGGUCCCUUUGCAGGCUGGGCCCGACUGUCUCUUUAAUCCAACUCGUCCUCCGCUUGAAAGCUUCUUUGAAAGGAGCCAUUGUCACAUUAUAGACUUAAAUUCUGCAAGCCUUCAGAGUGAGGAAAAGGCAAUGACCCAACUGAGUGUCCGUCGCUGGACGCCCAAGCAUGUUGCCAAGUGGCUGAGGGAAGAGGGCUUCUGUGACUAUGUGGACUUGCUAUGCAACAAGCACCGACUGGAUGGCACCAGCCUGCUCGCCCUCAGCGAGUAUGACCUCCGCUCACCACCUCUGGAGCUCAAGGUGCUGGGGGACAUCAAGCGGCUGAUGGUGUCCAUCCGCAAACUACAGAAACAGAACAUUGAUGUGUUGGAGGAGCUGGGUCUUCCCUUUGAUGGCUCUCCCACAGGCACCGGAGGCAGUUUGGACUGGCUGUGUAAUGGAGAGUCAGGCAGAGACUGUGACAGCACUGACACCGCACCAGUGGGAGAGGAGUAUCACCAGUACACUAAUGGGAAGUACAAGCUGCAGACGAGGCGCCUGGAUCCAGAGUACUGGAAGACAGUGCUAAGCACCAUCUAUGUGGUAUUUGUGUUUGGGUUCACGUCCUUCGUCAUGGUUAUAGUGCAUGAGAGGGUGCCUGACAUGCGAACAUACCCUCCGCUGCCAGAUAUAUUCCUAGACAGUGUGCCUAGAAUACCAUGGGCCUUUGCCAUGGCAGAAGCAUGUGGAGUGAUCCUCUGUAAUAUCUGGUUGCUGGUUCUGCUGCUUCAUAAACACAGGUCUAUCCUUUUGCGGCGCAUGUGCAGCCUCAUGGGGACGGUGUUCAUGCUGCGCUGUAUCACCAUGUUUGUCACCUCCCUGUCUGUGCCAGGACAGCACCUGCAAUGCUCAGGAAAGAUGUAUGGUGACAUGUGGGCCAAACUGCAGCGAGCUGUGGCCAUCUGGAGCGGUUUUGGGAUGACCCUGACAGGAGUGCAUACAUGUGGUGACUACAUGUUCAGCGGCCACACUGUGGUCAUUACCUUGCUCAACUUCUUUGUCACAGAGUACACCCCACGAAGCUGGAACUUCAUUCACACGUUGUCCUGGGUCUUGAAUCUCUUCGGCAUCUUCUUCAUUUUGGCUGCACAUGAACACUACUCGAUUGACGUCUUCAUAGCGUUCUACAUCACUACCAGACUCUUCUUGUACUACCACACUCUAGCCAACACCCGGGCCUACCAGCAGAGUCGACGAGCUCGCAUCUGGUUCCCCAUGUUCUCCUUCUUUGAGAGCAAUGUCAACGGGCCCGUCCCCAACGAGUACAGUUGGCCUCUCUCUAGACCUGCUGUGAUGAGGAGGCUUAUUGGAUAAUGAACAGCAGCAGCGGUACUGUCAGACACGUCUUAGCCUGUGCUGUUUUAGUCUGCUUUGUCAAGUUGCCAACUGAGGCAGUGUGUGAUAUCUUCAUCAACAAAGACUACUGUUGUGAUCCUGUUAGCACCGAGGCCUGAUGGGAUACACAGAGCCAUACCUUCUUAUAUUCCUGGGCUUGUCUUCAAACCUGCCUCCCCUGCCACCAUUUUUUAGGCGGAUUAAACAAAAUCCACAAAACACUGCAGAGUUUUUUAGAAGCCCCAUUAACACUCUUUGCUUGAUUUGAAAAGUGAACACAGUGGAGAUGUGUCUCAUUUAUUGGUUGUUUAUUUGUCCUCUAAAGGGAUAUCAUUUUAUGUAGCAUUAACUGCAUUUUUCAGUACCUCUCAACUUAAAGACUUACUUAUAUGUUUGUUAGAGUAUAUUUGGAUAGCACAUGAUAAAAGGAAGCCACAUCGAAAAAUUCUCAGGCAGCAGUGUCCGUAAUCCUUCGCAGCAGUUUGCCAUUUUCUGUGCAGUUAAAAUACCUAUUCAUUUCAGUGUUAUGAAUCUGGAUUCUUGACUGAAAGCUUUGGCUCACCUCCCACUUUGUAAUUUAUCAAAACAUUACUCUAUAGACCACUAUUAAAGGAACACGCCGACUUAUUGGGAAUUUAGCUAACCCCCAGAGUUAGACAAGUCGAUACAUACCCUUCU